CUUGUGAAAAGUCAAGAACUGAGAGCCAUUGAGUUGCCAUCGACUCCUACGCGGGGUUCUCUUUCAAAUUCCGGAGACCCCACCACCCUGGUUCAUCUUUCUUGCACUGUUCUCAUUUUGAAAUCCAAUCAACACACGUACAGAGAGUUAAAUUCAGCAAUUUAGAGAGUGAACUCAGAUGCUCUAGUGGGAUGAACUGCAAUUAAAUCAAGAAUUUCAAUAAUAAAAAAUCAUGCCUUCAAAUGCGAAGAAGCGAAAAGCUGCCAAGAGAAAGAAGGGAGUAGAAUCAUCAUCCAACAACAAUAGCAACUCUAUUCCACAGGGUUCUACUGCUGAAUCUCAUGGGGAUGAUGAUCUGAAGCACCAAGAUGAUAAAGAGAGUGAUGGUGGAGAGGUUAGCUCUCCUGCAUCUCAGGAACACUGUAGCCACCAGCACUAUUUCACCGAGAAUGAGGAAGUCGAGGUGGAGCAGGAACACAAGACUUCAAAUGUUCUGUCUGUCGAAGGAACGAAUAAUGAGGCUUUUAGAGAGCAAAAAUCAAUGGUAGGGGAUAAGAGUAUUGUUCUCAUUGAAAGGGACUUGAAUGGCGAGGAUGAAUCAGACCGGAAGGACAUAAAGAUUGUGUAUGAUGGGGGCGAGGCCGGGAGUUCUAAUAAUUGUAGUUCAGAUGAUGAGUCUCAUGUUGUUGAGGAUGGUAAAAUUGUCGUUGAAAGUGUUACAUUUGUUGAUUCUGCAAAACUGGACAAUUUUUUAUUCGGGCGACAGGCUGAGGAAAUUGAUGUUGUUUCAGUCGAGGAAGAUAGUGAUUUAGUUGAGGAAACAUGCCCUUUCAUCGACUCGGAGAAGAUCUCAAUACUGGAUGAGAAAGUGCAACUACGUACAAGUGCUAUAUUUGAAUUGAAAGCAAAUGAGAUGGAAAAGUUGAGUUAUGUAGGUGAGAAGGUUAUUAUUUCAGCAACUAUUGUGGAUGUGGUAUCAGAGAGGAAUGAGGAUGUACCAACUGAUCGAUUAAUUGAAAUUGCUGCUGCCACUUCAAAUGCUAAAGAAUGUGGAAUACAAGAAAAUGAUGACAAAUUGACGCCCUCGUACACUGCACCUAAAGUCGAUCCCAGUAAAGAAGUAGAACGUGAGAAAGAUAAUAAAUUUCCUGAGGUGUUGGCAGCUCCUGGUCCCACACAUCCAGUGCAAACUACUUCAUGGAAGAGUUGCUGUGGACUCUUUGAGGCGUUGACAGGGUCUGGUAGAUAGUUCAAGUAGGUGAACAAUGAAAGAAAACUACAAUAUUGGUAAGUAAAUGACUGCAAAUAUCAAACAGAGACUUUAUACAAAACCAAUAUUCGGCUAUUUCCGCAUAAGCAGAAGCACGUUCACGUUGAAGAUUGACUAUUGCAGAAGGCUCGGAUUGAGUUUUGUCAAAAAUUUGUGAUCCUUCGUCUCUAAUGAUCAUUGUUGAAGAAUAAUAGCGAGAGGUACGGGGAAACAUGCAAAGUUAGGUUUUCCUUUGUAGUUUGCAGAGAUAUGUAAGAAUUUCUCUGAUGGUGCUUUCUCAUGAGUUUUGCACUGAAUUGACUUUUCUUUCUUGUUAAGUUUUAACCUAGUUUGGCUGCUUUCGAUUUUCGGCUCUUAAUGAUUGAGUUGUGGUUAAUAUGGUCCAACUUGAUGUUU